GCGGCCGUCUAGGUUCUCGUUGUACUCGUAGGCUCUACAUAAGCUAUACGCUUCUACCUACGCUCUUGUCUCUAGCCCCUAGCUCCUAGCUCCAGCUCUAGCUGAAUUCCCCGACCCCGGGGUAUACACGUCCAUCUCGGAUCUCCACCCUGCACCGGCGCCUUUCAUGACUGGUACGGGACUUGUGCCUUCACUUGCUCGACAUCUCCUUUUCCACUCCUCUCUCGCAUUUGCAUCUGCACUCAUCAUGCUGGACUUGGACCUGGACUUGGAUUUUGCUUCGACAGUGUAAAGUGCCUGGGGCCUUUUCUCCCUGGUCGUCUUCGUAUUACAGCUACAACCUCAUUAUUGGCCCCUCGCCCUUCCCCUUCACCGCAGGCCCGUUGCCGUUUUACGCCAUUUGCUUAUUGCAUUCCAGCAUCAGCUACCAGUACCCCUUCCUUUUCCUCACCCCCGAAUCCACGUUGACGAGCUUCACGCCAACAACCACAUUCACGCCCACACCCACACGCACCCCCGACUGGCCCCGGCCUUCUAUAAAAGGAACUGCGGAUUCCGCCUGUCCUCCUUCACCUCUCCCAGUAUAUCAUCGUAUCAGCGAAUUAGAAGACCGCCGCCUUUUUAACACCAAACCUCAACUCUCCCACAAUGGUGUCGGACGCUACUUAUGAGCUCUGCCUGCCGCUCCUGCAGGACGCCGCCCUCGACGACGAGGAGAGGACAGACAAGUUGGAGGAGCUGCUCAGAAAGGAGACAACAUUCGAGGGUACCGCUUUGGAAAAUGCCGUACUAGAUGUUUUAUGGAGACACCGUGAAGCAACGGUACAUCCAUCUUCUCCUCCGCCCUUGCGACAUGCCGUCCUGCGCCGUCCAUCACCUUCUCCCUGGCAGAUUCCUCGAGGCUCAACUCCCGUAUCCUCUUCCCCUCGCCUGGGAGUGAGUCCUCUAGCUCCUCCGGGAUUUAUGCCACAAUCGUUUAAUAGAACAAAAUCUAUCACCGCAUCCCCUUUUACCUCGCCUCGUCCUUCCCCUCGACUAGCUUUCUCGAGCCCGGCAAUACCCCACAGCCCUAAUCUGAAUGCCUACGAAUUUCCAACCGAUACUAGUCCUACACGUGAAACCUACGGGGAUUUUGGCAGCGACAAUGUCGAUUGGCUUGUUGGUGAUGAUGGCGGAAAUAGUACCCCUUCUUCACUUGGUGGCGGAACCACUCUGAACGCGGCUGCUGCCGAGUACAUCUCGCCUCAACAAUCUGAUAUGAGUCCUUAUGAUAUGCUUAGAUCGAUCCUUGGUCCUGGUAAAUCAGAUGAAGAGAUUGAGGCCGCUCUCGCGGUUCAUGGUUAUGAUUUAAGUGCAACUAUCAAUGCCUUUAUUGAAGGUCAACCUACAGAAGCUUCUACCGUCCCUGCUCAAGAUAUCGAAGGCAAAUCCGCCAUCUUAAUUGGAAAAUCCAUGGCUGCCAAUAUCCCCCGUCCUCUAACUCCUGCCGGCCAGCAACGCAGUGGUGUAGUUUGCAGAUUUUGGCUGUCUACCGGUCAAUGCUUAAGAGCAGACUGCAGAUUCAGCCAUGAUCUUAGCAACCAUAUAUGCAAGUAAGUUAUUUCUUAAUUUUCUCAUACUUGGACCAAAUACUCAUCAAUCUAGAUACUGGGUCAUGGGGAAUUGUUUAGCCGGUGAUACUUGUAUCUUUUCUCAUGAUCCCUCGUACUUUAUGAAUCGUCUUGCUUUGGACGAAAGUAGUACUCCUCCACUCCAAAAUUCUGCCCCCGGUUUCCAAUUCACAGACUAUAAUGCAUUUCCGACCCUCCAGGGUGCGCAAGACCAGUGGCCAAAUUCUUAUAGCUCUGCCAACGCUUUCAGCAACUAUCAAGGGGCAAGCUUUACCCCACCAGGGUUUAAGGGAAUGCAAGGUUACACCAGUGAUGGUUCGAGUCAGCGAUCACGACCUAGUAGCCGGCAUCAAACUCGAGAGCCAGCCGCUCCAGCACUCGAUGAUACCGAAGCUUUUCCUUCCUUGAGUGCGGUUGCUGCUACCAAAGGUGGUAAGAAGCAUCAUGGAAAGCGUGGUGGUCACGGUCAUGGCCACAAGGAGAAUUCUCAUCCCAGUUCUUUGGCCGAAGUGGUCAAGAUGUCUCCAUCUCCCGGUCCUGGUCUCAUGCGACAGGAUAUAAAGAAAAUGGGACGAAAUGGUAGUACUACCAGUAUCCGCAAUGGUGAGAAUAGUGUAGCUGCUCAAGCCAUCCCAAGCCCUCAACAUGUUCCUUGGUUGGAAACUGGUGAAAGAGCCAACAAGGCCUAUCUCAAGGCCAGACAAGAUGCGAUCAAGCAUGGAGGCUUGAGAAAUAAGUUCCUACAAAGGUAAAGUAUUAUCAUUUUUAAAAGGUCCCGACUCAAUACUAAUGUUAUUUAGUGCUGCCCAAGCUUGGAAUCGUAAUGAUGCCCGUGCUGCCAAAGCUCUCAGUCUUCGAGGUCAAAGCGAAAACGAUCUGAUGAGAAAAGCCCACCGAGAAGCCGCAAGAGAGCUCUACGAAGAACGCAAUAAGAACAGUUCUUUGAAUGCCGAACUCUAUGUGGAUCUUCAUGGUCUACACCCAGAAGAGGCAGUUGAAUAUCUUGAGCGUGUUCUUCUUGAGAACCAAAAAGAAACUCGUCCCGUCUACGCAAUUACUGGCACCGGUCACCACAGCAAGAAUGGUAAAGACAAGGUCGGGAAAGCUAUUCGAAACUUCCUCAACGAGUGGAGAUAUGCAUUCCGGGAAUUCUCCGUCCCAGGUGACCGAAACAAUGUUGGCGGUAUCCUUGGAAUUGAUGCUCGUUCAUGGGAUAAAUCUUUGGCCAGAGAAGGUAUUCCAACUGUGGAGAUCGAGAAUAGUGAUGAUGUUGAUAUCCUUACUCAGGGUCAUACGAUUGGCCAAGGCAAGAUGAAGUUGUUGGUUCGGGAUCAACCUAAAGGGCGAUAG